AUGCAAGAAUUUGAAGCCUGGAGAGUGAAAGAUCUGGAAAGUCGCAAUAAAAGGGAGAAGGAGUGGUACUCCAUGCGAGAAGCUGCCAAGAUUGAGGCGAAACAGAAAGCUCUUGAGAGAGAGCAACAGCUGGAAAGAAGGAAAGCAAAGAAGAAGGCCAAAGAGAAAGAAGAAGCAAAGAAAAAGAAAGAAGAGAAGCAAGCCAAAAAGGAGAAGAAAGACCUAGAAGAGUUGGAGAGGCGCGCAAAGAUUGCAGAAGCUGCUGCCGCUCGAAGAGAGCGAGGUAAACCCAACGAUGCUGAAGCCGAGUUGGCAAAGCUCAUCAAGGAGGCAAAGCAGGGGUUGGAGAAGCCGGAGGAAGCUUCCACUGAAGCUGAGCCCAGUGGGGUCCCAGCGAAAGCGCCUGCGGAGUCAAAAUCCUUGGAAAACGGCAUCAUCGUCUUAGACGACGAGUGA